AUGAAUGAUCAAUUGAUAAAAAAAUCAACGAAUAGUAAAGAUUCAUCUAGGGCUACACUUUUUUGGCGUGAACUUUCUGUUUAUGUAAUGGAUCGUGAUCGAAAAAGUAUAUGUAAACAACUAAUAAAUAAUGUUCGAGGAGUGAUCAAGCCUGGAAAUUUAACAGCGAUAUUAGGAAGCAGCGGAUCCGGUAAAACAUCAUUAAUGACGGCAUUGGCACUUCGUACAGGACCUGGUAUCGUGGUGCACGGUGAUAUUCGUGUGAACGGUGUUCCAGUUGGAUCAUCUUAUAUGAAACACCACAGUGGGUUUAUGCAUCAGGAAGAUAUAUUUAUUGGAACUAUGACCGUUUUGGAACAUCUCUGGUUUAUGGCUCGAAUGAAAUUGGACAGAAGAACACGAAGUCGCGAUAUUCGUGGAAAAAUAGAUCAUUUGUUGCGCGACGUCGGUUUGACCUGCAGUAGUAAUAUUCGCAUUGGCGACAAAGACGAUAAAAAAAUUUUAUCAGGUGGAGAAAAGAAGAGGCUAGCUUUUGCAACGGAAUUACUCACAGAUCCAAAGAUAUUAUUUUUAGACGAACCAACGACAGGUCAAGACGCUAAUUCUGCUAGCGUUUUAAUAUCAGAAUUAAGAAAAUUCGCAGCGAGAGGUCGGACAGUUUUAUGUACCAUACAUCAACCGAGUUCAGCGAUCUUUGAUUGUUUUCAUCGAAUUAUACUGGUUGCUGAUGGAAGAAUCGCGUUUGCUGGUACCAGUGAACAAGCUAUCCGUUUUUUUGCAAGUCAAGGUUACGAGUGUCCUGAAGUUUACAAUCCUGCUGAUUUUCUUGUGGCAACUCUUGCAUUAGCUCCUGGAGAUGAGGACAAUAGCAAAAGAACAGCACAAAGAAUUUGUGAUGCUUUUCUAACAAGUGAGGCAUGCGAAGAAAUGGAUGUUAACAUACAAUUGGAAUUGCAUAUAGCUAAAACCUAUGAUGUGAGAAAAAGCAAACAAUUGCAAUGUUGGUUGAAACUAUUUUGGAUGGUUCAUCGUGGUUUCAUGCAAGUUAUUAGAGAUCCAUCAUUACAGCUGAUUAGAAUGUUACAGAAAUUGUGUGUUGCAACGAUGGCUGGGCUUUGUUUUGUGGGUGCAGUAAAUCUGGAUCAACUUGGAAUACAAGCAACACAGGGUGUUAUUUUUAUAAUAGUUUCUGAAAAUGCAUUUUUUCCAAUGUACUCGACCCUAUCUUUGAUACCGCAAGAACUACCAUUGUUUCUUAGAGAAUAUCGUGCUGGAAUGUAUUCUGUUCAUCUUUAUUACUUAGCUCGAAUAUUAUCUUUGAUACCUGGGCUAAUACUGGAACCUAUAUUAUUUAUAACAAUAGUUUACUGGCUUUCUGGAUUGCGUGCAACAACGGAUGCUGUGAUUUUAUCUAUGAUGGUUAUUAUGUUCACAAUGAAUGUGUCAACUGCUUGUGGGUGUUUCUUUUCUGCGGCAUUUGAUUCUGUACCAUUAGCGAUGGCAUAUUUGGUGCCAUUUGAUUACAUUCUCAUGAUCAGUAUGGGUCCUUUUAUUAAAUUAAGUACAUUGCCAAUUUAUCUGCAUUGGGUAAGAUACAUUUCAUGGCUGUUGCAUUCAACGGAAGCUCUUUCUAUUAUUCAAUGGAGUGGCGUACACAACAUAUCGUGCGAAAUUGUUAAUGAAGAUUUGCCUUGCAUGACCGAAGGAUCAGAAGUAUUAGAAUAUUAUGAUUUUGAUGAAAACAAUUUUUGGAUGAAUAUAAUAUUGAUGACUAUAAUUUAUAUAGUAUUUCAUAUCUUUGGUUAUGCACUCCUUCUAAGAAGAUGCAGAUCGAAUUGA